AUGGACAGAUUUGAAUACAUUGAAGCCCGAUUAUUUGAGGGUGAAAACUACCUAAAACGUGAAAAAAGUGUUAAAAUAUAUGAUGGUGAAGAUAAGACACAAUAUGUAGAUGGUGAAGUAGUACUUACAACUCAUAGAAUACUAUGGGGAAAGCCAGGUGAUAUACCUAAAGGACUUACUUGUUUGUCUCUUCCACUAUAUUACGUUUUUUGUUUAGAAGAAGAGAAUAGUGGCGUAUUUGGUCUUGGUGGUCCAAAAAGAAUUUUAUUGCAUUUGGGUCCUGCCCUUCCAGGCAAAGGACCUGGGCCAGCAGUAGUUAGCCCAUACCAUUUCAUCAAGUUCUCUUUCAAAGAUGGUGUAGAUCCUGUAUUUUAUAAAGCUUUAAACGAUGCUGUUAAUGCGAAAGCAUGGGAAAGAACACCACAACAACAACAUACUAGCUCAGAAUCUGUAAAUACAUCUACUAAGUCUCCUGUUACACCUGUAAAUUCGAAAAUUCGCUCAGGAAUUGUUGGAAUUGAAAGAAGUAUAGAGGAACAUCACAGAGCGACUGAUGAAAGUAUCAGUGUUGCAUUUCAAGAUCUACGAAAACUUAUGGAGAAGGCGAAAGACAUGGUUUCUAUAUCAAAAACAAUAUCAACAAAAAUAAGGGAAAAACAGGGUGAUAUAUCUGAAGACGAUACAGUUAGGUUUAAAUCAUACCUCAUGAGCUUAGGCAUUGAUGAUCCUGUUACUAGAGAUGCAUUCAGAUCUGACUCGGAUUACUAUGUGGGAUUGGCACAACAGAUAUCAGAUAUGAUGGUUGCAGUUUUAAUGGACUGUGGCGGCAUCAUGUCAUUAGCCGACGUGUGGUGCAGAGUGAAUAGAGCAAGAGGUUUGGAGCUGAUAUCACCUGAGGACUUAUUAAAUGCUUGCAAGCUGCUGGGGACAAUUGGUGCACCAAUGUCACUCCGAAAGUUUCCAAGUGGGGCAUGCGUUCUACAAUUAAAUAGUCAAAGUGACGAAGAAAUUGCUAAAGUUACAGGUCAAUUGCUUGAAGAAAAUGGAUCUCUUACUCCUGUGAAGCUGUCUCAACUGGCUAAUGUGUCCGUGUUACUAGCACGAGAAAGGCUUUUCACUACGGAACGCCGCGGCCUAGCAUGCAGAGACGAAUCAAUAGAGGGCCUUGCAUUUUAUCCUAAUCUAUUUCUCACUAAAGCUGCAUAA